GCGCGCGGGGUGAGCUGGGAAGGCAAAGCGGAGCUUGGCGAGAGCGGUGGCUGCGAAGCGAGAGGGCGGGAUUUAAACCACGCAGUACUGCAAAUGCUUGUUAGUGGCCUGACUUUUCCCUCAAUAUAUCUGAUUACCAGAUGACAUCUCCAAAUAAAGCACUCGAGUUACAGUUGCAGAUACGGCAGAAUGCUGAAGAACUGCAAGAUUUUGUGAAAGACUUGGAGAACUGGGAAAAGGACAUUAAAGAGAAGGAUUAUGAUUUAAGACAACAGAGUGGAAUCCCACCAAAGGAUUUACCACCAAUUCGAAAUGAAGCAUAUAAGAAAAAGAAGAAGAGCAAAGUUAAAGCGGUGUCUAAGAAAACUACUGAAGAAAAUAAAAAGAACAAAAUAAAAUCCUAUGAUUAUGAGGCAUGGGGAAAGCUUGAUGUGGAUAAGAUCCUUGAAGAAAUUGAUAAAGAAGAUAGUGCCCAUGACUCAGUGUCUGUAGAGUCAGAUUCAGAAGAAGAUGGAAUUCACAUAGAUACAGAGAAGGCUCUUGCUGAGAAAGAAAAGGGCAAUAAUUAUUUUAAACAAGGAAAUUAUGAUGCUGCAAUAGAAUGCUACACAAAAGGAAUGAAUGCAGAUCCUUACAAUCCAGUUCUACCUACAAAUAGAUCAUCUGCUUUCUUUCGACAAAAAAAGUAUUCGGUGGCUGAAUCUGAUUGUAAUUUAGCACUUGCCUUGAAUAAAAAUUAUACAAAGGCUUAUGCCAGAAGAGGAGCUGCUCGCUUUGCUUUGCAAAAUUUUGAAGGUGCAAAAAAAGAUUAUGAAAAGGUUUUGGAACUGGAUCCAAAUAACUUUGAAGCAAAAAAUGAACUUCGAAAAAUAGAACAGGCCAUGUCAAAAGAAGCGUCACAACCAAAAGAAACAGAAGACCAAAAGAAAAUGUCAGUUACGGAACCUGAAUUUAAACAAAUGGAAGAACAGCAGCUUAAGCAAAAGGCUAUUACAGAAAAAGAUUUGGGUAAUGGAUAUUUUAAAGAAGGGAAAUAUGAACAAGCAAUUGAAUGCUAUACACGUGGCAUAGCAGCAGAUGGCACCAAUGCACUUCUUCCAGCAAACAGAGCAAUGGCCUACCUGAAAAUUCAGAAAUACGAAGAAGCAGAAAAAGAUUGUACUCAAGCUGUAUUACUAGAUUCUUCAUAUUCUAAAGCUUAUGCCAGAAGAGGGACUGCUAGAGCUGCACUGGGAAAGCUAAAAGAAGCUAUGCAAGAUUUUGAAACUGUUUUGGAGCUGGAACCUGGAAAUAAGCAAGCCAUGAAUGAAAUAAUGAAACUUAAGAAUGAAUUAAUUGCAAAAGGGCUGUGGACAAACAUAGAAUGCCCUGGACUAUCACAGAAUGAAACACAAAUGCAAAAUCAGGUGAAACCCAUUGAUAAACCUUUGCAUCUCAGAUCAACAAAACCAUUAAGGAGACUAAUAAUUGAAGAAGUAGGUCAGGAGAUGCUGAACACAAAUGUGGCUACCACAAAUCUAGAGCCUAAUCAGUCUGAUUCUUCAAGUGUAGAAAAAAUGGAGGCCUCAAAGUCUACAACAAAUUUAAGCAAAGAUGACUUCUCUGCUCCAGCUGAUGUUCCCAAAGCAAAGUUACUGAAAAUAGAAGAAAUAAGUGAUUCUGUGGCAACAGAAUCUCUUAACAAAGAUACUGUGAAAGAAAAAACAUCACAUAUUCCUCAGCCUGUUGCUAUGAAAAAGCAAGCUGAGACAGAAAGCCAAACACUUCACUCUAUACCUGCAUUUCCUGUGCCUCCAGUUCCUGUGAAUUCUUUUCAGCUUGAAUCAGAUUUCAGAAAAUUAAAAGGUCUUCCAGAUCAAUUGUACGCAUACUUGAAGCAAAUUGAUCCUUCAUUUUACCCUAAUUUGUUCCAAAAAUCCUUGGAUCCAGAUGUAUUUAGCCAAAUUUUGAAAAUUCUACAAGAAUUUUACAUUGGGAGAGAAGAACCUUCACUUAUCUUAGAAAUUCUGCAGAAGCUGUCAGAAUCAAAAAGAUUUGAUAUGGCAGUAAUGUUUAUGUCAGAUUCAGAGAAAAAAUCUGUACGUUCAUUAUUUGGUCAUCUGGAGCAAUCAGCAUUAAAAGACUCUUCCAUUAAACAACUGAAGAUCAGAUACAGUGUUUGAUAUGAAUGGCUUGUUCUCUCUGUAAAGAUACAGUGGAGUAUGCACCUUUUUGGAAAGGCAAUUCCAAAUGAUGAAAGACUAUGGCUGAGAGGAUUCAAAGUGCCUUUCACCUGUGCAUAAGAAAGUCUUCAGUCUCUUCUCCUCUCCUCUGCCCUAUGUCUUUUAUCCUCGAAAGUCCCUCCACUUUAAAUAAUGACUCUUGUCUGGGUGUGGGAGGAAAUCCCUUUGUGCAUGCACUGGUCCAUGCACAGUUCUUUAGAUCAAAGCUGAUGAAAACAGGUAAAGCAUAUUUAUGUGGAAACAGUUUGAUCCUUCAGUUUAGCAAGGUACCUCAUAGGAUAUAGUGUGACCAUUUGUUAUCCUUUGGUCAUAGUGUAGAAUCAAGGCUGAUAAAAUAUUUUAUAAAUUUUAUUUUUGUGUGUAUAAAUUAAUUUGCUUGUUAAAAAUUAUUCUGUAUUUUUGUUCGUAUAAAUAAAUUCAGAAAUGUUUAAUUCCAA